CUGCCUACCUUAUCUAGGACUCGUCUCCUUCAAAAUUUCUCCACCAAAACCCAAAACCCUGUUCCCAAAAUGACCUCCUCGCCCUCAUCUACAACUCACUCUCUCAGUCGAAUCCCCUUGUACUCAAUUUCUCAUAGAGGCAAUAGCUCAAACAGGUUGUCGUCAAUUGGAUUCGCUUCUCAUUCUUUUUGUGAGACGAAGAGGAGCAUAGUGAUCGCAGGAGCGAAGAAGAAGAAGAAGGAGAAGAAAGAUUCUCAUAGCUUCUCUGUCAAGCCUGAGGAGGCUACUGGCCCUUUUCCAGAAGCUGUGCUUCUCAAAAAGAAAGUAGUGAAGGAGGAUGGAAGAGUGGAACCUGAGUUUGCUGAUGCUGAAGAAGAACAGCUGUAUGAUUUUCUCAAUCUUCAGCUUGAGAGCAAUCUGAAUCUGGAAAGAAUGCGUCAUUAUGAAGUCGUCUAUCUGAUCCAUGAAGAUUGUGUUGAUGAGGUCGACAGUGUUGUAUCAAAAGUUCAAGACUUCAUCAGAGAGAAGAAAGGAAGGAUCUACAGGCUGAACAACUGGGGCCUCCGAAGGCUAGCAUACAAAAUAAAGAAGGCAAAGAAGGCAAAUUACAUCCUCAUGAACUUUGAGCUCGAGGCACAAUGCAUCAACGAAUUCAAGACUUUGUUGGACAAAGACGAGCGAAUAAUACGUCAUCUCGUUAUCAAAAGAGACGAAGCCAUCACAGAGGACUGCCCUCCACCUCCGGAGUUCCACACUUUGAAGGAUGGAAUGGAUGAUGAUGAUGAUGAAGAGGAGGAAGAAGUAGAUGUUGAGUUUGACGAUUUAGAGUGGGAAGAUGGAGAUGAUGAGGGGUUGGAGGUUAGCGGUGAUGGAGAGAAUAUUAUUCUUGUUGGAGAUGAUGAGGAUGAAGAUGUUGAGGAUGAUUUGAAAAGGUCGAGGAGUUCUAGGCUUGAGAAAGUAGCAUAAAUAGUUUGCGAGCAAUAGAUGUGAGUCAUUAUGGUCAUGAGUUUUUUCAUGGUCUUUGUUACACACAUGAAGUUGUGAUGUGAAAAUGUUGUAUACUUAAUCAAGUACUGUACUGAAGUAAAUGUUUUUGCCUAAAGUCAACUAGUUAUUGAUUCGGGUCCCGUAAGUUUUU